AUGUACAAGAACCGUCUGCUCCGGUUCCAGUGCAUAGCAAAAGAGACCAAGGAAGAGAUUUCCAUCUCCUGCAUCGGCGGAUCCGAGCAAAUCCUGAGAGAGCUCCUUAGUGAUUGCCGAGCCGAGUAUCUAAAGCGUAUCCAGAAAAAGACUACAGUCUUUGAGCAUCAUGAUGGUGAAUGGAGGAAAGCGAAGGCAAGAGACAUCAGACCAAUUUCGACAGUAAUCAUGGAUGAGGACGAGAAAAUAGCCCUGCUGAAAGAUAUCGAGGGUUUCCUGGACGAGCGAGCUCCAACCUUCGAGAUCUGUACCGGAUUGGACUCAAUCAAUCUAUACAGUUCUUGCAGAGAGCCGGUCAAUAAUGCCUUUUCAGCAGAUGUAUAA